AUGGGGUCGGAUGACAGCGAAAGCGAGGAGCAGGAGGAGCGACGAGAACGACGUGGGCAGAAGCGCGAACGUGAGGAGCGAAACGACAAGGAGGACCGUGACCGUGACCGCGAUCGGGACCGCGACCGUGACCGUGACCGUGAGCGAGGAGGCCAAGGGGCUGGUGCUCUGAGGAACUUCACCGGGGCCAUGGCCGCCUCGGUGGCGUCAGCUGCGCGCCCGGAGCGUACGGGAGAGCGCUCCGCGGGCGCCCCUGGGGGUGCUGGAUACGGCGAGGCACCCGCCAAAGGCCGUGGCAAGCAAGCGAUCUUACCUCCGCCCCGCAAGACGCUGGAUCGCUCGCGCACCUGCCCUUUCCUGCUUCGGAUCUUUCGGAAGAUAGGCGAACAUCAUGGCAUUCAGGCUUUCACGGAGCGUGGCAAGGAACCAGUUCACGAUGAGCUGCAGGUCUACGCAUGGCCGGAUGUGACCCUCAGAGAGUUGGCGGAUCUCAUCAAGGACGUGGCGCCCGAGGCCCGAGACCCAAAGGUGAAGCUGGCCUUCAACCUGAUCUAUCCCGACAAGACUGGAAAGAACGUCAGCACGAACCUCGGCACGGUCACCUGCGCGAGACGUGGUCCUGAUGAUGACAAGGCGCUGUCGUCAUCGAAGUUCCAAACAGGUGAUUUGUUGGACUUGGCGAUCCUCAAGUGA